AUGCAUGUCCUCAGCCCUCCGAAGCCCGCUCUCCCCGGGGCUUGCUGGGAGGGAAGGGUAACUGCAGCUGGCAGCAGCCCUCGAGAGGGUCCUGGCACCAUGGACAGUGACGAGCCUCUUGAGCCCGAGACCAAAGAUGAGACCAGAACCGAGCCAGCACUGCAGAGCAGUGACGAAACUCUCUACUGUGAGGCCGAAGCCCCAUCAGCCCUUGGAAAGGAGAAACCAGCCCGGGAGAGUUCGGAAACAGACCUCGAAAUCGAAGAUAUCGAGAAGUUUUCCACCAUUGGACAGCGGGAGCUGUACCUGGAGGCCUGCAAACUGGUGGGCGUCGUGCCCGUCUCCUACUUCCUUCGGAACAUGGAGGAUUCCUAUGUGAACCUCAACCACCAUGGCCUGGGCCCCAAGGGCACCAAGGCCAUUGCCAUAGCCCUGGUGUCCAACACAUCGGUCCUCAGGUUGGAGCUGAAAGACAGCAGCAUUGCAGAGGAGGGUGUCCUGAGCCUGGUAGAGAUGCUACAGGAGAACUACUACCUCCAGGAGCUGAAUAUUUCCAACAAUAACCUUGGUUUGGAAGGGGCCAGAAUCAUCUCAGAGUUCCUGGAGAGAAAUACUUCUUCCAUCUGGAACCUGAAGCUUUCAGGAAAUAACUUCAAGGAAGAAUCUGCGGUGCUGUUCUGCCAAGCCCUGUCGAACAAUUACCGAAUUAAGAGCCUGGAUCUCAGUCACAACCAGUUCUCAGAUGUAGCUGGAGAGCACCUGGGACAGAUGCUGGCCAUCAACGUGGGGCUCGAGUCGCUGGAUCUGAGCUGGAACCACUUUCACACGCGGGGCGCUGUGGCCUUGUGCAGCGGUCUCCGGGGAAAUGUGACACUCACAAAGCUGAACCUCUCCAUGAACGGCUUCGGGAACGAAGGGGCGCAGGCCCUGGGGGAGCUGCUCAGACUCAACAGCUGCCUGGCCCACCUGGACGUCAGCAGGAACAACAUCAGCAACGAGGGCGCCACCAGGAUCAGCCGAGGCCUGGAAGCCAACGAGAGCCUCAGGGUUCUGAAGCUUUUCCUGAACCCCAUAAACAUGGAUGGAGCUAUUUCUCUCAUCCUGUCCAUCAAGAGGAAUCCCAAGUCCAGGAUGGAAGAGCUCGACAUUUCCAACGUGCUGGUGUCCGAGCAGUUCAUGAAGAUCUUAGAUGGGGUGUGCACUGUGCACCCGCUGCUGGAUGUGCAGUACAAGGCAGUGCAGGGCCUCUCCGACAAGAAGACCCUCCUCCUGUGGACAAACCCCAUGAAGCUGAUCCAGAGCUACGCAGACCAGCACAGAAUGACAGUCCUGGAUUUCUUCAAGAGCUUGAGCCCCACCAAGAUGAUGAAGAUGCCUGUGGAUGACUUCCGGAAAGCUAUGAUACAGCAAAACAAGGUCCCUCUGAACCGGUACCAGGUCAGGGAGCUGAUCAAGAGGCUGGAUGACAAGACGGGCAUGGUGAACUUCAGGUCAGCCCGACCGCGCUUCUCCCGGUGCUCGACGAGGGGCCCGGGCCGGUUCACUUACUUGACCAGCCGUGAUUCCCAGCCACGAGCUGCUGGCUGCCGGCUAGAUGAGGGACCUGUGAGCAGCACAGUGCCAGCCCACGGGUCGGUCACCAGGGGGACCGUGUUCAGGCCAGGAGCCCUGCCCUCAAGCCUCCCCCCAAUGCCUUGGUCCUUCGCCCCCUCCCAUGUCUUCCAUGUGGAAAAGCCACAGCAUGGACGGGAAGGGCGGUCUGAGCAGCGGCACCUCUUGUGCCUUGGGAAGCUCGUGGCAGAUGCCCAAAGCGAGGUCUCCAAACCAGGUUCGACAACCAGCAACAUCUCCAGGUUUGCAGACGGGGUCACGUGA